UCUAAAUAAAGUUCACUUCAGAAUAAUGUUGAAAACAAUUUGCACAAUCUUUAUAAUCAGCACAUUUGCUGUGCUCUCUGAAGCAAAUCCACUUUUUCAAAAUAAUGGGACCAAUUCAAUUCUUUUAGGCGAUUCUCAAGUAUCCGAGAUGAGAGCGGAGCAGGAGCGUCACGUAAAGUCGAUGGAUGAUGAACUUGAUAAGACUAUGGAAAUUCAGCAUCGUGCGCAAAAAUUGCUGGAUGGACUUUUUAAUGGAUCAGAGAUUCAAUAUCUUAGAGCGGAGCUGGAACGUCAGAGUAAAUUUAUUGAAGGACUUCUUAACCCACACAAUUGUGACAAUGCCAAGUCUAAUGGGAUCAACGAAAUACUUGUACCCAAGUUUAGUAAACAACCCUUUAAAAUUGCCUGCGAUGUGGAAACUCGGGGAGGAGGAUGGAUUGUUAUCCUGAGAAGGAUGGAUGGCAGUGUCAACUUUUAUCGAAACUGGACUGAGUAUCAAAAUGGAUUUGGAGAUCUGGAUGGAGAAUUCUUCUUAGGUUUGGAUAAAAUACACGCAAUAACUGCAGAUAAAAGGCAGGAGCUACUUGUGAUCGUUGAGGACUUCGAGACAGAUGAACGACUUGAGACUUAUGAUGACUUUGCAAUUGGCAACAAUGUUGAGCAAUAUGUCUUAUCUUUGGGCAAAGCCCGUGGAACUGCAGGAGACUCACUGACAAGACAAAAGGGCAUGAAAUUUUCCACGUUUGAUCGGGACAAUGAUAUUGACGCCGCAAACUGUGCCGAAAGAUUUACGGGUGCCUGGUGGUACGAAAAAUGUCACGACAGCCAAUUAACGGGCAAAUAUAAUGAUCCUACCUGGGGCAAGGGCGUCAAUUGGGAUAGUUUUCGAGGCCCGAACUACUCCCUGAAAAAAGCCGUGAUGAUGAUAAGGCCCAGAUAUUGAAGUCUAAAUAUGAAAGCUGUUUCGUAAGAAAAAUUCAGGCUAAAAAAUUCAAAUAAAUGCAAUUGAUAUAAGCACUAAGCAAA